GUUUCUCCAAUCCUCUAAAUGUUGUUGGCCUCAAGUUUAAUACGGGCUAUUGUUUCUUUAAAAUGCAUUAAAAAAGUUAUGAAAUAAAGUGACGCACAACGAAUGUAAAAUCCCACUGCAAUGAUUGCAGCAGCGGCACCAACGGCGACGCAUGACGGACGCCCACAAAGGACAAAGGACGCCCAUUUCGAGGGAAAUCUAAUGCUGGCUCAGACGCACGAUGAGGUCAACGACAAGAAAGUGGCAUCGCCAUCCACACCCUCUCCAAUACCAACGCCAAUUCCCGCCGACUUGCAACCCGCCUACCAAAAACUCUACUGCGAUUGCCGAGAACUAGCCGCCUACUUUGCCAAGGAUCAAAGCGAGUACGGACAACGCUUGCAUGCCGCACACAUAGCCUGGCAGGAUUUCAUAGUGCUGGCCAAUCGGCUGGUCAUGCAAAUCGAUGCCUUCGCUCACGAAUACGAUUUGGAUGCGAGCACGCCGGGCAAUGGUUAUCGCAGUUUCAUCUAUGUCACCAAUGCAUGCAUCGCACAUGGUCGCAGCAUUUGCCAGCAAUUACAUGCCACACGAGCCACACUAUUUUUCCGCAAGAAAUUCUACAUGAAGGAAGUGGAGGCCUGUUCUCAGCUCCUAUGCUCGCUCUGCACCUGUCUCCAGUAUCUGUUGAUCCUGCGCCAAUGGUCCACCACAACGGGUGAUCUGUUUGCCAGCGGGCGUCAUACGGCCGAGCAGCUGUUUGAGCUGGGCGACACCAUCAAUCAGUAUUGCUUCUAUGGACGUUGUCUGGGCUUCCAGUACGGCGAUUCCAUACGUGGGGUGCUGCGCUUUCUGGGCAUCGGCAUGGCCAGCUAUUCGGAGACGUAUUACUCGCAGUCAGAUAAUAGCAGCAGCACCUUGCUGAAGACAACACGCAGUCUCUGGUCAAGCGGCAAAUAUCUAAUGAAUCCCGAACUCAGAGCCAGACGCAUUGUGAAUAUUUCGCAAAAUGCCAAAAUAGAUUUUUGCAAAUCGUUUUGGUUUCUGGCAGAGUCAGAGCUAAUGCACAAGCUGCCCAGCAUUGUAGGCAGCUCCAUCAAGGUGAAUCGUAUCAUUGAGCUGCCUGCCGAGCCAUUGCGAGUGCAGUCGCAUCGCCAACAAGCUGCAACGGAAAAUAGUGAUGUCGAGGAUCUGCAAUUCGUGGACGUGCCGGUGCCCAGUGCUCAUCUGGGACCUGGUCUGCCAGUCUCAGUGCGUCUGCUGAGCGCAAAACGACGCACUGGAAUGCUAGGCGAGGGUCGCUAUCGUGGUUGGCGACGUCCAUUGCCACCAAGCAAUUCCAUACUGUUUCACUGCCAUGGCGGCGGUUUUGUGGCACAAUCGUCAAAGUCACACGAACUGUAUUUACGCGAUUGGGCUGUGGAACUCGAUGUACCCAUUCUUUCUGUGGAUUAUAGCCUGGCGCCAGAGGCUCCGUUUCCGCGUGCACUCCAGGAAGUCUACUAUGCCUACUGUUGGCUGCUCAAUAAUGCCGAGCAUUUGGGUACAACGGCGGAACGUGUGAUCUGUGCUGGAGACUCGGCUGGCGCUAAUCUAUCCAUUGGUCUUGCACUUAAGUGCAUUGAGCAAGGCAUCCGUAUACCCGAUGGUUUGUUUUUGGCCUAUUGUCCGACGCUGGUAAGCUUUGUGCCUAGUCCCGCGCGUUUGCUAUGCUUGAUGGAUCCACUACUACCAUUUGGUUUCAUGAUGCGUUGCCUGCGUGCCUAUGCAGCUCCCUCAAACGAAAUGCUGCAGGAAAAUGCCAAGCAUGUCGAAGAGUUGGAGGAAAUACGCAAUGCUCAAGUCGAUGCGGAAAAACCACUAACCAGCCUCAAUUCGAGUCGACGCACCUCAACAGCGAAAAGUCCAUUGACGCCUCUGGGGCCCAUCAAUCCGUCUGAUGAGGAUGAGAGCAGUGAUACCUUCGCCAGCGCCUCGUAUCACAGUCAAACAGUGGAGCGCACUGAUUUGCCACAGACGGAGGGAAGCGACAACAGUUCAUGUGUUUCGUUUGAGGAUGAUUCGCAGCCCAUCGAGCAUUAUCCAAUCGAAAUUUCAGCCGAAAUACCCAAGGACGAUGCAUCGGCUGCGUAUAUUGACAAUUUUCUAGAUAAAUAUCUAAUUGACACCGCCACCAUGGAGGCCACAGAGGAGAACACAUCUGUAAAUCAGCAAUCCGCACUAUCAAAUGGUCACGCCAAAUGUAACUCAGAAGAGAACAUACUGGUUGAAACUGGACGGGAGAUGGUGGCUAUGGACACGUUACCUGGUCGCCUACAGGAGGCUGUGAACAAUAUUAUUAAUCGAUGCACGCAAUCCUUUGAAAUACACGGCUCAGGCACCUCGGCUGCACCUGAUCAACAUGAUGUGCGUAAUAUGGAUGCCCUGAUCGCUCGUAGUCCAAGUGAAGAGUUUGCAUUUGAUGUGCCCAAAGAUCCCUUUUUAUCACCCUAUUGGGCUAGUGACGAAUGGCUAUCACAAUUGCCAGAGACCAAAAUACUUACGCUGAACAUGGACCCUUGCCUAGACGACUGCGUUAUGCUUGCGAAGAAGCUGAAGAGACUCGGACGACAAGUGAGCUUGGAGAUACUCGAAGGACUACCGCAUGGUUUCCUCAAUUUCACAAUGCUGUCUAACGAAGCAAUGGAUGGCUCCAAGCACUGCAUCAAAUCAUUGCAAGCAUUACUUCAGGCCACGACGGACAAUAAUGACGACAGCCUUGGCAACGGUGAUACUUCCAGUCCGAGUCCGUGCUCUGCUACAUCGACAGCGCCUUAAGAACAAUUUAUACUUACUCUUAUAUAUAGUAUAUACAUAUACAAAUAUAUCUAUAUAAUAAUGUUUAUACACUGUUUGUUACAUGCAAGAAUAACAUGUUGUUAAAUGGGCACACUUCUUGCUUUUUUAUACACUUUUAUAAUCGAAUAACACAGCUAAGCUUUAUAUGUUUUGUAAUGGCAGCUAAAUGCAAAAAUAUACUCGUAUAUCUAUACUAUACACAUAAAUAGAAUAUAAAUUCUACUAAAAUAUUAAUCAAGCCAACUGUUCAAGUAUUAAGAGCGUGUAAGCACGCUCUAUAAUAUUAUUUAUAGACUAAGAUCCGUAAAAUGUAAUAACAUUAAAAAUUGAGCAUAUAUGUAAUACUUUUGAUUCUGUGCCUGUUAAGAACGCGUACUUAAAUCUCACACUUUAGCAUCCAGUUUCCAAACAAUUUAACCUUACUUUGCUUAUAUGCGAAUCUCUUAAGCCUGCCUAAUUAAAAUUUGUGUUUACAAUCCUAUUAAAUGGUUUUUGCCAUUACAAAA